CUCCUGCUCGUGCUAGUGCAUGGUAGAAGUAGAAUUUUGCACCUCCCAGAAUUUCAUAUUUAUGUUCUUGAGAUGCUUUGCUAGUUCCUUUGCCCUAAUUACUCUGCACGCACAUGCACUGCCACACUUUUAACUGUCCGUCGCUCCCGUUGGCUCUUCUGAUACUCUCUGAUCUCCGUGGCUCUGUGCCAUCUGCAUGCUCAGUUUCUUCAGUUGUCAGCUGAUAUCUUUUUUUAUGGGAAUUUUGAUCGUCUCAAGUGCAGGUUGACUAACGGAUCCAAAUGGUCGCGCUCUCCAAAGUAGCCCUGGUGUCUACAGUGGCGCUGCUGGGCUGGGCGUACCAGGCCACCCGGCCGCCGGCCCCGGCGAUCUUGGGCGCUCCGGGAGGGCUACCGAUCACCUCCCCGAGAGUCCGGCUCAAGGAUGGCCGGCACCUGGCCUACAUGGAGGCCGGAGUGCACAAGGAGAACGCAAGGUACAAGGUCAUAUUCGUCCACGGCUUCGCCUCCACUAAGGAGACCGGCUUCCCGGUGUCCCAGGUGCUUGUGGAGGAGCUGCGGAUAUACAUGGUGUUCUUAGACAGAGCCGGGUACGGCGACAGCGACGCCAACCCGAGGAGGUGCCUGAAGAGCGACGCCACGGACGUCGAGGAGCUCGCCGACGCGCUGCGGCUCGGGGACAAGUUCUACGUGGUCGGCUGCUCCAUGGGCGGAUACGUUGCCUGGAGCUGCCUCAACUACAUUCCGCACAGGCUGGCUGGAGUGGCUCUGGUCGUGCCGGCGGUGAACUACUGGUGGCCGCUGCCGGACGACGUGCGGAGGAUCGCGUACGGGAAGCUGGACGCCCGGGACCAGAGGACGUUCUGGAUCGCGCACCACGCGCCGUGGCUGUUCCACGCCUGGCUCACGCAGAAGUGGCUCCCGGUGUCGCCGAUCAUCAGGGGCGAGCGCGGCGCGUUCACCGCCAUGGACUGGGAGAUCCUCACCGAGCUCCGGAGGAAGCAGCGCGAGAGCGGCCAGGUGGAUCCGGCCAAAACGACGCAGCAGGGGACCUACGAGUCGCUGUGCCGCGACGCGACGACCCUGUUCGGCACGUGGGAGUUCGAUCCCACGGAGGUCAAGAACCCGUUCCCCGACGGCGAGGGCGUCGUGAGCAUCUGGCAGGGGUACAAGGACAGGAUCGUGCAGGUGGAGAUCCAGCGGUACGUGGCGCGGAAGCUGCCGUGGGUGCGGUACCACGAGCACCCCGAGGCCGGGCACUUGCUCCCGGACAUGGACGGGGUCGGCGACGAGAUCGUCAGGGAGCUCUUGCUCGGCGGGGCGCCGCCAGGCUCGCAGCUGCAGAGCGAGCCGCGCCAGGAUCAGGAUGGGUGAACGUACUGCGUACUGAAAGGUUGGUGGAGAAAUUGAAACGAGCAGGUAGAUACUUGCAUGUAGCUGAAGCUGAAGAAUAAACGUCGCUGGGACAAGUCGAUGCACUGAUUGCCGGACGAGUUGGGAAGUGCAAGAACAUGGUAUUGGACUAUUGGUAGUUGAUGAACCUCAGUCCAUGGAUUUAGGCAUAUUUAGCAAUUAGCACAGUUGGCCAGUGGCGUGUCAUGCUAUCCGAUCCUCAUUGAUGGAUUCAGCCUGUGCUCUGCUCUCCCCGAUGCUCGAAACAGUGACCACGUAGUAUUCAUCGGAGGAAGUACAAGUAGGGUGGACCUUAUCAGAUAUGUGAGCCGGGAUUUGUGCAGACGUACAGUACCUUUGCAUGCAGAGCCAGCAGACCUGAGCAUCGGUUGAUAUGGGCUGGAUGUUCUGCGAGGCCUGCUCAGAACGGAAAAAAAAAUGAUCGGCACUACCGGCCCAAGAAGCAUUUGUAGGAACCGAAAUGAUACAGGUACAGUCGUGACUCAUUCGGCGUUGAAGUAACAACUACUACCAGAAAUCCCAGAACCGAAAUAGGACAAUUUUUAAGUAAAUUUUUUUCGUUUCCCUAACCCAGAAAUGCAAUAAAUUUAGUCAAAGUUCGUGUGUCCAUUAGAGCAUUUUCAAUGGUAGUUUCAUGGACAAUAAAUGAGCUACCAUGUAAGUAAUUGUGGUGACAUGAUACAUUAUUUAUGAGGUGAGAGAAGAAAUUAAUUUUGUGGGGA